GCUUUCGAUGAACCCUAUGUUUUUUACCUCGUGAAGGAAAUUUAAAUGGAUAAAGCCAAAAUGCCGACUUGCUAUUCGUAGUCAAUCUCGAGGUGGAGAGAGGCGUAAACGAAGGCGAAAAAAAUGAAGCUCAAAGUAUACGCAGAUCGAAUGUCUCAGCCGUCUCGUGCUGUCAUCAUCUUCUGCAAGGUGAAUGGUAUAGACUAUGAGGAGAUCAAAGUACUUAUCUCAAAGGGCCAGCAUUUAACUUCUGAAUUCGCAGAAAUAAAUCCCAUGAAACGGCUGCCAGCAAUCGUUGAUGGAGGAUUUAAGUUGUUUGAGAGCCAUGCCAUUCUGAUCUAUCUUGCUUGUGUAUUUCCUGGAGUUGCGGACCAUUGGUAUCCAGCUGAUGUUGCCAAGAGAAGUAGGAUACAUUCGGUGUUGGAUUGGCAUCACUCCAACUUACGUCGUGGUGCAGACACAUAUGUUUCCAAUGCUACAAUAGCCCAUGUAGCUGGCCGUCCAUUGACUCCCCAAGCAGCUGCUGAAACUGAGACACUUCUGUUGUCGUCCCUUUCAAAGUUAGAGUCCUUUUGGCUCAAGGAUGAUGGGUGUUUUUUGCUAGGUGGAAACCAGCCAUCCAUAGCAGAUCUUAGCCUCGUCUGUGAAAUAAUGGAACUUGAGGUUUUGGAUGAGAAGGAUCGUGCUAGGUUAUUGGGUCCACACAAGAAAGUCCUGCAGUGGAUCGAGAGUACAAGAAAUGCUACAAAUCCUCACUUUGAUGAAGUGCAUCAAGUCCUCAUGAAAGUCAAAGAAAGACUACAAUAUCAGCGGUUGAAGGCAGCAAAAAGUGAAGGUGGAUCUGACAUGAAGAAGCCAUUGCUUUCAAGAAUGUGAGUGAAAAUGCAAAAAGCAAAAAGCAAUUAUUAGCUUGUUUAAAUGCCAGACAUGUUUUAUAAUGUGAAUCCUGUGGUAGAUUUAUGUCAAAUGAUUGGUCGUUGGUUCAUGAAACCAUAACUUAAACCUUUCGAGAUCGUGUGGUUCUUCAAAAAAUUUGAAUCAUUAAACAGUUCGUCAA